AUGGCUGUGGAUAUUUUGGACGAAGAUCAUCUUGCAGUAAGUGCAAUAGUGACAAUUGGAAUGCAGCUGAUAUUUUUUUCAAUCGCUGCAACAUUUCAAAUGGACAAGGUUACUGAUUUUGCUGGUGGAAUGAAUUUUGCGUUUUGGGUUUACAUCGUAAGUCUUCCGGUGAUGAUUAUCAACUCACCACGUCACAGAGUUCCUUUUGCACCUAAAACAAUGACGACUUUGGAUAGCGCUGGUACUGGAUUAUUUAUUAUUGGUUUGCUGGCUGAAACCUACGCCGAUUUACAGAAAUUUGCAUUUAGGCAGGAUCCGCAUAACAACGGGAAGUGGUGUGACGAUGGAUUGUGGGGAGUGUCAAGACAUCCAAACUAUUUCGGUGAAAUAGUACUUUGGUGGGGAAUUUUCAUAAUAUCAAUAAAUGUUAUUGAAGGAUUUGAAUGGUUCGUCAUAGCGUCGCCUAUUUUUACAACUUUUAUAAUACUAUUUCUCUCAGGAAUGCCGUUACUUGAACGAGCUUCUGAUGAAAGAUAUCGAGACAAUGCAGAGUAUAGACAAUACAAACAAUCAACAUCACCAUUGAUUCCAAUACCAGCAGCAAUUUACAGAGAAGUACCUGGUUUUAUGAAAUUUUUGCUGUGCUGCGAGUUUCCAAUGUACAAUUCAUUGGACGUGAAACCACGAUCAGCCGUCACAGAAUCAACAUCGAUUAGCCUCGCUGCGUCUACGUAG